AUGAAGCUCUCCAUCAAUUUCCAAGACCAGAACACCACCGCCACCACCACCUGCACUGAAAACCCUACCGUAAAAGCCAAGCUACCCAUUUCAAUACUCAACCGCCCCUUCAAUUCCACCAUUACCACCGUCACUAACUCCUUCUCAAACCUUACCUUCUCUCUCUCCACCAAUUUCUCUUCCGGUCCGUCUCUCAAACUCAUUUACUCACCGGUGACAGCUACUUCCCCGCCGUUUUCUUUCUCUCUCAAGUCCGGUUUAGGCCUUCUCGGGUCUCCCCAAGAUUCGCCGUUAGUUUUCUCCGUUAAUUUCUCUCUGUCUAGCGUCACUCCCAAUCUUAUUAUCCCGAGUUUUUCUCUUCAGUUCAAGCCUCAACUUGGACAUUUCUCUCUUCACAGGAAAACUGCUCCAAACCCUAACCCUAAUCCUAAUUUGAAUUACGCCACCCAUUUUGUUAAUGGGUGGUCCAAUUUGGAAUCUGGGUCGCAGUCAAAUUCGGAGCCUGGAAAUGGGUUUGCUUCUGAUGGGUCAUUGGGUUGGCAAGAAGUGAAAUUGGAGCCACUUACUGAUGUGAAUGGUAAUUCUAGGGUUCUUGAUGGAAUUGGGGUUUUGUCCGAUAGAAAGAAAAUUGGGGGUUUGAGUGGUGUUUCUGUUAAAGCAAGGACUGUGAUUCCAUUGAGCAGAAGGUUGAUGGUGAAUUGCAGGUGGGAUAUGAAUUUUCCGGGUGAUUUGGGGAUAAAGAUGCCUUAUUUGACUGUAAAUAAGAUUGGUUUAGAGAGGGUUGAGGAGGGUAAGGAAAUUAAAGAAAAGACGAAUGAGAUUAGUAGAGGCGAUUCGGAGCUACUGAAGGGGAUGUGUUUUUGGAUGAGAAGAGAUUUGGAGAUACUGGAGAAGGACAAUAGGGAGAUGAAGCAGUAUGUAGAGGAGACUAAAUCAGAAGUCUUGGCUAGGAAUUUACGUGGUGGGAGUAAUGCUUUGGGGAAGAAUGUUGGAGCGGCUUCAAGGUAUAAGUUUGAGGAAUUUGAGCAGCGGAGGGACAAGAUAAAUGGUGGAGCAAAUGUACAAAUGGAAUUGAAGAAGCCUGGUAAUAUAGUAACUGAUUUGGAAAGUGAGUUGCAAAGAGCUAUUAAAGCUGCUGCUCCAUAA